AUUUCUCAUUUCAUCCCUAUAUUUCCAUAGGUUCCUAUUUCUAAGUGCAGCCCAAGUUGCCAAUCAGGACUUAGAAAAUUGAUUCCACCAGGAAAGCCAAUAUGCUGCUAUGAGUGUGUCCCAUGUCCCCAAGGACAUUUUUCGAACCAAACAGGUAAACUAAAAAAGGGAUUUUUUUUGUUACAUUUGUUUAUAUAUGACAUGAAAAUAAUAUCAGUGUUUCUCUCCAGAUGCUGUGGAAUGUCAUCCAUGUUCCUGGGACAUGUGGCCCAAUCUACAACAAGAUAGAUGCUUACCAAGAACUACAGAGUUUCUCUCUUUUGAAGAACCACUAGGUUAUAGCUUAGCAGUUGCAGCUUUCUUCUCUUCUCUGUCUCCACUUAUAGUUUUGGGGGUUUUUAUUCAUUAUAAAAACACUGCAAUUGUCCGAGCCAACAACUAUUCCCUUAGCUGCCUUCUCCUGCUCUCUCUUUUCCUCUGUUUCCUUUGCUCUUUAGGGUUCAUUGGUUACCCACAAACUGAAAAAUGUCUUCUGCGCCAGGUGGCAUUUGGGAUGGUUUUUGCUCUCUGUAUCUCCUGUGUUCUGGCCAAAACCAUAACUGUUGUCAUUGCAUUUAAUGCUACCAGACCAGGCAGCAGAUUGAGAAAUUGGACAGGAGUAAGGGUGUCUUACUGUGUCAUUGUAUUUUGUGUCUUUAUUCAGUUAUGGAUUUGCAUACUGUGGCUAUUGUUUUCUCCACCAUUCCAUGAACUUGAUUCAGACACCAAACCUGGAGUCAUCAUAGUUAAUUGCAAUGAAGGAUCACCGACUGCUUUUUGGUGCAUGCUGGGAUAUCUUGGGCUCUUGGCCACCAUCAGUUUCAUUGUUGCCUUUCUGGCCAGACGACUCCCUGACAGUUUCAAUGAAGCCAAAUAUAUCACAUUCAGUAUGUUGGCUUUCCUUAGUGUUUGGGUGUCUUUUAUCCCAUCUUUUCUCAGUGCACGGGGCAUGUAUACUGUGGCAAUGGAAGUCUUUGCCAUUCUGUCUUCCAGUUGGGCUGUGGUGGGCUGUAUCUUUGUGCCAAAAUGUUUCAUCAUAUUGUUCAGGCCCAACAUGAACUCAAGAGAUCAUCUUAUGGGAAAAGGAAGAAAUUUAAAGUAA